UUCUUAUAUUAUUUUAAAAUUUUAUUUGCAUUUUUUUAUGUUAUUAAAUAUUCUUUUAACUAUACGCCAGAAUCAAAAUCCUCUUUUCUGCGAUGACGACUGGCACGUUGUUCAACACAUCCGGAAUCGCCGGAGACGCAUCUUGCCAUCACCGCCGGUAAUAAUCACUCCCUCCCUCCACGGCGGCGCCACCCUUCCCAUCGAAUCAUAAAGCCCUCAGAACGGAAAAAAAAAGAGAAGAAAAGUAUUCAAGUCUGUUCAAUUCUUUCCACCUCCCGUCGUUUACGCAAUCAUCGUUCCCACUCGUCGUUUUCCGCGUUUCGUUGAAUUCCCCAAUUCCCACUCCCCUCUUUUUUUUUUAAGGGGGAAAAAAACCGAUUUCCCCAAUUCGCAGAAAGCAGAAGAAUAUGCUGCUCCCCAACCCGUCUUCCUCUUUUAUUCGAUCCCUAACGCUACUAUUUUAAUCAUCGCCAAUUCAAUAAUGGCCAAGUUGCUCCUUUAACACACUACACUACACUCACAUUGGGGGAAUCGAAUUCCGUUAGCGUAACUAACAAUUUUUUGUCUUCCAAUUUUCUGGUUAUGGUAACUUCUCUUGCAUCGAUGGGGUUGAAGCCGAAGAAGAAGAGCGAGGGCGAGGAGGCGGCAGCAGCAGCACCACCACCACCGCGAGCGUCGAAGCGGAGCAGUAGCAACCCUCCAGUGACGAUGGAUCACGUGCUGCUGGCGUCACAGGAGACGAAGGAGGCACGUGAGAGUCGUAUUCGCGAGAUGUUCGGGUUCUUCGACAAGGAGAAUUGCGGUUACCUGGAAUACGCACACAUCGAGGCAGGGCUUUCGGCGCUUCAGAUUCCUUCGGAGUACAAGUACGCCAGGGACCUUCUGAACGCUUGUGACAAGAACAAGGAUGGGAGGGUGGACUACGAUGAGUUCAAGAAGUACAUGGAUGAGAAGGAACUUGAGCUCUACCGCAUUUUUCAAGCUAUCGAUGUCGAGCACAAUGGAUCCAUUCUCCCUGAGGAGCUCUGGGAGGCACUUGUUAGAGCAGGGAUCCAGAUUGAUGAUAAGGAGCUCGCUCGUUUUGUUGAGCGUGUAGAUAAGGAUAACAAUGGGGUUAUAACAUUUGAAGAAUGGCGAGAUUUUCUGCUGCUUUACCCUCAUGAAGCAACUAUGGAGAACAUUUACCAUUAUUUGGAGAGGAUAUGCAUGGUUGAUAUUGGGGAACAAACUGUUAUACCUGCAGGCAUUAGUAAGCACAUUCAUGCAAGUAGGUAUUUGAUUGCAGGAGGAGUAGCUGGUGCUGCAUCACGCACAGCAACAGCCCCCCUUGAUCGCCUAAAGGUUGUAUUGCAAGUCCAGACAACACGAGCCCGUAUAAUGCCAGCUGUAAAAGAUAUAUGGAAAGAAGGUGGUUUUUUAGGAUUUUUUCGAGGCAAUGGCUUAAACGUUCUUAAGGUUGCCCCUGAGAGUGCCAUUAGAUUUUAUACCUAUGAGAUGCUGAAGACUGCCAUUGUAAAUGCUAGAGGAGAAGAGGUAAAGUCAGAUGUUGGAACUAUGGGCCGGCUGCUAGCUGGUGGUAUAGCAGGCGCUGUUGCUCAAACUGCAAUAUAUCCCAUGGAUCUUGUUAAAACACGACUACAAACCCAUGCUUGUGAAGGUGGAAGGAUUCCUAGUCUUGGAACUCUGUCCAGAGAUAUAUGGGUUCAAGAAGGACCACGUGCAUUUUAUAGGGGACUGGUUCCUUCACUUCUGGGGAUUAUCCCGUAUGCUGGUAUAGAUCUUGCUGCAUAUGAGACCUUGAAGGAUAUGUCCAAGAAGUAUAUUCUUCAUGAAGGAGAACCUGGUCCUCUUGUGCAAUUGGGAUGUGGUACUAUAUCGGGAGCCCUUGGAGCGUCAUGUGUUUACCCAUUGCAGGUCAUCAGAACAAGGCUCAAAGUACUUAUAGUGGAAUGGGUGAUGUAUUCAGGAAAACCAUGAAACAUGAAGGGUUUAGGGGAUUCUACAAAGGAAUAUUCCCUAACCUACUCAAAGUGGUGCCAUCGGCAAGUAUCACUUACUUGGUCUAUGAGUCUAUGAAAAAGGGUUUGGAUUUGGAGUGAAGAACUCUACUCGUGCAUCUGCUUCAUUUGAAGAUAUUACUAUUAUUGACAUGGCUGACUUUUGCAAAUGUUGGAAUUGUUUUGCAAUGAAGACAAUGAUAAUGAUGACAAGAAUAAAGUACACAAUUGAUUAUUAGGACAAUUGUCUAAAUUCAUUCAUAUAAUAGCAUUGUUUCUUCAAAAUUCUUGGGAGGACGAAAUUGGUUUGUCCUGCAUGGUGCUUCAUGAAAAUAAUGUGAAGCUACAUAUCCAUUAGCACAUUUUGUUGUAUGAUAGAGAGAGGCAUACGGAUCAGAGGAUUCGAUUUUGUAAUUGUAAUUUGUAAUAUUUAGUGGCUCAUAUUGAUAUUUUACUCGUAUAAUUGAUUUUAUUUUUAUUUUUA